GAGACUGUCACCAAUAGUCAAUCUGUGGAUGUUCAUCGUUUGCGGAAAUAAAGACGGUCGUGUUCCCACUAACGAAAUUCGACAAUGUAUAGCCGGACUAAUAGAGCAGCUGGCUGAUAUACUGGAUGCUGAUGAACCAGAAGCCCUUGUACCGUUUUUGCGCAACCCUAAGGAUUCGCGGACAUCAUCUCUCAUCGACGAAGCGACAGAGUAUGUGGAAAAAACAUUGCUCCGGUUCGCAGUAAUAAGAUCCGCGUACAAAUGCGUGGCACUUUUAACCAGUCCGCCGUAUUCCUGGGAUCCAGACCGACCAGACCCAUAUGGAUGGACCCCGUUGCAAACAGCAGAGGAUCGCGAUGAUUUGUGGUGUUCCACUGAGUUGGCGUUGCGUACAAGUGAACUGCGGAGCGUGGGGUAUUUGCUUCCAAAAUGGCCCUGUGGCGGUCGCACUUCAACUUGCCUCCUUUGGCCUCAGGAUAUGUGGUAUCAACCCCUGACCAGAGAAGCUUUCAUCCACCGACGAGGAUUUGGUAGCGUACUACACCAUGGUGUAAGGCUCUUGGACCAAAGACGUCAACUGGCAAUGGGAGGAGAGAUGGUGGCGCUAACAUUCGAGUUGUUGAUGGCCACUCCGUUUCUAUUUGCAUUCGAUUUGUGGACCGGUGAACCGUGCGCACAUCACACUGGCACAUUCUGGCCCAUUCCCCAAACUGCUCUCGCAAAAGCAGCAGACCAUUCUGGAUGUUCUCGGUAUCCCCAGUGUUUACACUUGGUGUUACCUGAUCUCUCGAAUACACCAGAAGAUCCUGAGGAAGCUUGGCAAUCGAUUUUCAGUGCUUGGCUCUACCAUCGCCUUCUGUCUGAACACAGCAGACCAGAAAAUGAAUGCACCUUCAAAUGGACUCCAAUCCGGCUUCAAGAUAUAUGCAGAGCGGCUAUCCGCCAGCGUUUGGUGUACGCAAUGAUUGAAUGUAACCCGUGCGAAAACUAUGCACAACGGAUCAGUCAAAUUCCACUGCCGUGUCGUCUCAAAGAACUCCUACUGUAUCGAGAAAUUUGGCCUCACAAACUGUGGGAUGAGAAGUUGGAACCAAGUAGUACAUUGGCGAUUCCGAUUCUGGAACCUCGUCCUCUUGUUUCCAUAACAAAAACCAGAGAACCAAAUGGCUCAGAAGUUGUCUCCGUACAAAACCUACAUUUUAUGUCCGAUCGAUUCUGAAUGACUUUUUCAAUUAUUACACGUUCUAAACCAAACUUUUUUAUUUUGCGCUUGACUCUUGUAUAUUUUAUAGGGAUUGACAUGCAGAGAGAUCUCACUUUACCUUCCUAAAAAGUUGUUCUUUUAUGACUGUUCUCGGGUAUACACAACUCAACACACACAGUGAACAAACUGUCAUUCCCUGACGCGUCUUAUUUAAAUGUCGUGAAAAGAUUAUCUCGAAUAAAUUCCCCCUCACUCCACUGUAAAGAGCAGCUCUUAAUCAAACGAUCAGUCGUCGAUUUUAAUAAUUUAAAUGAGUUUAUAAUUGCAAUCCCUUAUAAGUUCU